CGCGCUGAAAAAAAUAAAAAUAAAAAAAAAAGGGAGAGAGAGAGAGAAAGAGGGUUUUAUCGGUGCUAAAAGCAGAGAAGCGAGCUUACGUAUCUUCUCUUCUUUACCUCCGUUGCGGCGUGCAAGAGACAGAGAGAAAGCGAGAGAGAGAGAGAGAGAGAGAGAGUACGUGUCCAGCGAACGACGUCGUUUAUUCUCAGAUCUGAGGUGGCGAGAGAGAGAGAGAGAGAGAGAGGGAGGGAGGGAGGGAGAAAGAAUGAGUGGCAGAGGAGGAGGAGGAGGAGCAGCUAGCAAUAACAGCAACAGUAAUGGGAAGGGUAAUAGUGGAAUUUCAGGGAUUCCGCCGGGGUCGAGAAAGAUGGUGCAGAGCUUGAAGGAGAUUGUGAACUGUCCAGAGCCCGAGAUCUACGCUAUGCUAAAAGAGUGUAAUAUGGACCCUAACGAGGCCGUUAAUCGCCUCCUCUCUCAAGAUCCUUUCCAUGAGGUCAAGAGCAAACGAGAAAAGAAAAAAGAGAAUAAGGAGAUAACUGAUCCAAGGCCCCGUGGUGGCAAUAACACAACACAUCGUGGUGGCAGAGGUGGUGCCGACCGUUAUGGACGUGAGACUGGUGUUUCCCAUGCUAAACCUGCAUACAAGAAGGAAAAUGAAACACAUGCUUACGCUGCUUCUUCAUCUUCUGCAUCCAGUAUUGCAGGAAAUAAUGCUAAUCGGAGACCACAAUCAUUGCUCAGUGAUUCUGUGGCCACAGAAAAUAAAAUGGCAACUGUAGGUGUGGGUGAUGGAGUUUGUUUACCAUUACAACCUCCUUCUGGAUUUCAAUCUCCCUGGUUGGGGGUUCCAGGUCAAGUGUCAAUGGCUGACAUUGUGAAGAUGGGACGGCCGCAUAACAAGGCAUCUGCUAUGCCAACUCUUCAUGGUGUAAAUCAUCACCAUCCUGCAGCACCUCCUUUAACAGCAUCAAAUCAUGAUUUACAUUUGUCAGAAAAUCAUGCUGCCAAGUUGUCAGAAAUAAAUGCCGAGCCAGAACUUAGUGCAAGCCAACACGUUCAUUCCGAUGAUGAAUGGCCAUCUAUUGAGGAGCCAUCGGCUGCUAGUAUACCUUCUGUUUUAGGGGCACCUCAUGAUUCUGAACUGUAUGCUGAUCAAGCUAACUUUCCCUUGGAUAGAGUUAAUCAACACAUGAAGCCUCAGUUAGAUGAUAUUCAGCCAGCCGAAGAUGGUCAUGUUGAAACUCUUAAUGGAAGCCAUGUUGGACCUGCUUCUGUAUCCAGUAGAAACAUACAGGAAGAUGGCUCUGUGGGUUCAUCUAUUUUUGAUAAUAAUUUGUAUGGGAAUGUGAGUUCCUACCAGCCUCCCAGGCAUGCUUUUGAGCGUGAAGCUGACGAUGGUGCUUCAUCUGUGGCUGCAAACUUGCAGCAACUAAGUUUACAGAGUGAUGAUCAAGGGGCACCUCCUGAGGAGGAUAAUCCUUCUGUAAUAAUUCCAAAUCACCUGCAAGUUCAUGCACAAGACUGUUCACACUUGAGCUUUGGUAGUUUUGGAUCUGGCAUUAGUUCUGCCUUUUCUGGGCCAUUUGCAUCAAGGCCUUUGAAAAAUAACCUGGAAGAGACAUCUGAAGUCAUGGAUGCGUCUUCUGCUGUGCACCCAGAUACUAGAAAUCCUGAGUAUUAUGGGGAUGAGCAUCUCAGAAAUACUGCAAAUGAAAAUUUAAUACAUAGAGCUGGUAUGAGUCCUGGCAAUUAUGAUUCUCCUUCAGUUCCACAACCAGAGGUGUUGAAGGAGGAGACCUCUGAAGCAGCUCAGGUGAAUCAAUAUGCAUUUCCUUCAUCUGCACCAGGAUAUAAUUACGACAACUCCCAACAGUUGAAUGCUGCAUUUAAUAAUCCGCAGACAAGCUCUCAGAUGCAGAAUAUUGCUCCUUUCUCAAGUGUAAUGCAGGCAUAUACAAAUUCAUUGCCAAGCACUUCGUUGGCUUCUCCUGUUCAACCUGGAAGGGAGCCUGACCUUCCAUAUUUACCUUUCCCUGUGACACAAUCAAUGCCCGCCAAAUACAGCAAUACAGCUUCUUCCAUUAGUGGUACAAGCAUUUCCAUGCCAGAGCAGGCUCUGAGAGCGGGUAGUAUUUCUACACCUCAGCCAAAUCAGAUGCUUCCUGGUGCUAGUGUUGCUACAGGGCCUACUCUUCCACAACACCUCACUGUGCAUCCUUAUUCACAACCUAGCCUUCCAUUGGGACCUUUUACCAACAUGAUUGGCUAUCCAUUUUUGCCACAGAGUUACACAUACCUGCCAUCUGCUUUUCAGCAGACCUUUGCUGGUAAUAGCACAUAUCAUCAGUCCCUUGCAGCAGUGCUCCCACAAUACAAGAAUAAUGUUUCUGUAAGCAGCUUGCCUCAAUCUGGUGCUGUUGCUUCUGCAUAUGGGUUUGGGAGUUCAACAAGCAUUCCUGCAGGAAACUUUCCGCUGAAUCCCCCCACUGCUCCUGGAGGCACAACUAUUGGCUAUGAUGAUGUAUUAAGUUCUCAGUAUAAGGAUGGCAACCAUUUGAUCUCUCUUCAACAGAACGAGAAUUCAGCCAUGUGGGUUCAUGGGCCUGGUUCACGAACAAUGUCUGCUGUCCCUGCUAGCACCUAUUACAGCUUCCAGGGACAGAAUCAGCAGCCUGGAGGAUUUCGGCAAGGUCAACAGCUGUCGCAGCAUUUUGGGGCGCAUGGUUACCCAAAUUAUUAUCAUUCCCAAACAGGGAUAUCACUGGAACAGCAGCAGCAAAACUCUCGAGAUGCUUCCCUUGGCGGGUCUCAGGGCCAACCGUUAAAGCAGACUCAACAGUUAUGGCAAAACAGCUACUAAAUGUCAUCACCUCCUGCUUUUUCAGGGUCUUGUAGUGAGUUCGAAAAUGAGGCCAAUCAUAGACAUUCCUGUGAUCGAGUGAUUUAGAAAUGAUUAUUGGCGGUCUAAAGAGACCCCUGACUGGCUACUGCCCUGUGCCAUGAAGAUGUACUUUAGAUAUUUUCCAUCUGGUUAACUUAGGAACAAUUGUGCUAAUUUGGAUUAGUGGACUACGUUUUACUUCUUUGUUCUCUUAUCCUCAUUAUGAUGAAAUUUGCCUUCACAUUUUACUGUGAUUUUCUAACCAUGUAUUUAUACAAGUGAGUUUUGGGCUGGACCCUUCUAGCGA